GAAUCAGUCACUAGCGGGACGUGGGUGGUGACGAGUCGAAACAUUCAUUAAAAAUUGCACUCCUUGUUUUUCCUCAUUUACUUUCGUCAAACUUCCGCGUUCAAUGAAUUGAAGACCAACAUACAGUGACUCGUUUAUAAUUUUCACAUCAGAAAUUGUUUUUUAUUUCAUUAAAAAACAUUCACAAACACGAGAAGAUCGUCGAACUCGGCUGUUUUUUUUUUGUCACUUGAAUUGUGGAUUUAAUUGUGGUAUACUUUUUAAUUAACGUUACAAUGUGGUGGUUUAUUUUUCAUUUAAUUAAUAGAUAAAACAAAUUCCGUCCAUUCAGUGAUUUUACAUCUCUGCAUUUCUCCAUGCAAAUAAAACUCAUAAUUCGCUGUAAUGAUAAGUGUGAAUGUGGGUUAUACUUAAUGGUGUUGCAAGUGUUGGAGUGAAGUGCAACUGCAAAAUGUUAAAAAAAUGUUCUUCACUAGAUUAAAGAUAAUAUUUAUAAUAAAAUAAGAUAGAUCGUGAAUUAACGGGAGAAAGUGGUAGGAAAAAAUUGUGCAAAGCCAAAAAUCAAAGACGUGAAAGUGUUCACCAUUGUAGUGAAGUCUCAUCGUAAUUGUUAGUUGAGACGGCCUUUCUUAAAAAUGCAAAGACCCAAUUUUGUCACUUAGGAAGGAGGAAGAUUGAGACAUUGGAUACUGAAGUAUUUUUGUGAUUCUUCGGAGUGAUAAAUUAAGCAUUCAAGAUAGAGUAUCCUGGCGGGAACGGUAUGUACGGGGGUGGUACGGGUAGCACGGGUUACGGGGUUGGCUUGGGCCAUGGGCCCGGUCCCUCACAUUAUGUACCCCCACCUCCGAGUCACGUUGCUUACCAAUUGGGCGCGGCGCCCUCGCUGAUCGGGGGACUACCGCCUGAAGCGAGUGGGCCACCACCCGGAAGUCAGCUACUGUCUUACGGUGCUAACUUAUCGCCUCAUCAUGUACAGCAGCCGCAAAAUGAUUCGCCACAGUUGAAACGACCAAGAUCCGACGAGGACGACCCCAGUGGAGUGAAGUACCGAAGAAUCGAGGACGACAAUUUGCAGGACAAGGAGAGAUUCGCCAGCCGCGAGAAUCACUGUGAAAUUGAACGUCGAAGGCGAAACAAGAUGACCGCAUAUAUCACUGAACUUUCGGAUAUGGUACCAACAUGCUCGACUCUCGCCAGGAAGCCUGAUAAAUUGACAAUACUCAGAAUGGCUGUUGCCCACAUGAAAGCGCUAAGAGGUACUGGAAAUACCAGCGCCGACGGUACUUACAAACCAUCAUUCCUCACGGAUCAAGAGCUAAAGCAUCUGAUUCUGGAAGCUGCUGAUGGUUUUCUAUUUGUGGUAAGCUGUGACACUGGGAGAAUCAUUUAUGUUUCGGAUUCAGUGGCGCCGGUGCUCAAUUACCAACAGAGUGAUUGGUAUGGCACGAGUUUGUACAAUCAAGUUCAUCCUGAUGAUACGGAAAAAGUACGAGAGCAACUGAGUGCCUCUGAACCGCAGCAUGCUGGACGAGUUCUUGAUCUUAAGACGGGAACAGUAAAGAAGGAAGGGCAUCAAUCUUCUGUGCGGCUGAGUAUGGGCUCGAGACGAGGCUUCAUAUGCCGCAUGAAGGUCGGUAACCUGCAGACAACCGGUGAUAUGGCAGCGGCACAGGGUCUCCAUCGUAUGAAGCAGAGAAAUUCACUAGGACCACCAGCACGAGAUGGACAGAGUUACGCGGUUGUUCAUUGCACGGGGUACAUCAAAAAUUGGCCCCCCACCGGUGAGUUUGGUGAUUUUGUUCCCCCGUGUGUACCAGGUGUGGGUUUAGGUGACAGAAAUGCUGUACAACCUGGCCCGGAUGGCAUUGUCUCUGAGGAGGCGGCUAACCAUUGCUGUCUAGUUGCUAUUGGCCGUCUUCAGGUCACCAGUACACCUAACACCAAUGAUUUGACUGGCUCCAAUAGCAAUAAUGAAUUCAUCUCACGUCACUCUGCAGAAGGCAAAUUUACAUUCGUCGAUCAGAGGGUCAGUGGAAUAUUGGGAUACUCGCCGUCCGAGCUCCUUGGCCAUCAGUGCUACGAGUUUAUCCAUGAACAAGAAUUACCUUUCAUGCGAGAAAAUUUUGAUCAAGUUUUAAAAUUGAAAGGACAAAUAGUAUCGUUGUCAUAUCGUUUUCGUGCUAAAAAUCGUGACUGGGUGUGGCUGAGAACGUCAGCGUUUGCCUUUUUAAAUCCCUGCUCGCAAGAAGUUGAGUACAUUGUGUGUACGAAUACAGUUGGAAAAUCGAUUCAUCCUAGUGGUGAGGCACAAAUUGAGAAUGACACAUUGCAGACAUACGGACAGCACAGUCUUGAUUACUCGCUUCAGAGACAACAGUCGAGGGAAUCAAUGUAUCCCGCUCAUCACAUGAUGCAACAUCCAGCUGCGGUAGCUGCGCCGGGACCCCAGCAACAACAAGCACGACCAGCUAGCACCCAAAAUGCCUAUCAAGGGUAUGAAGCCACGCAAUCACCAAUUGCAUAUGGAUCACCGAGUCAACAGACAGCGCCUAAUACAGUUUUAAAUAGAAUGCAAAAACCAGCUAAUACGUCUCCUACACCUGUUCAACAGGGUUGGGCUAUUGGUCGUCAGCAACCUGUGACUGAAGGAUAUCAGUAUAGUCAACUGAGUCCCUCAAGAUCCCCCAGUGGGCCCACAUAUACUCAAUUGAGCAGCGGUGCUAGGACCGCACCGACACAGUAUCACUCAGUGACAACAGUGCCUAACAAUCCAGGUAUGUGGACCUGGCAGGGCCAACAACACCAGGGCCAACAGCAGGACGGUGGACAAUCAAAUGCACAGGUGACCGGUCAACCGCAGGCCACACACGGACCGCAAGGUGGGCCCGGUACUCAACCCCAAGAAUUCAAUGAAAUGUUGCAGAUGUUACAGGACCAGGGUGGCCCACCUGGAUUUGGUGAACUUGAUAUGUUUGGUACUAAUUUUGAGUAGCGGUAAAAAAAUAACUGACAAUGGACAAACCAACAGAGAGAAAAAGAAAGAAAAAAAGUAAUACAAAAAAAUUGUGAAUACUCUGGCGGGUACGCACAGGAUAAUCAGUAGUGAAAAUGUCUACUUUCGUCCGUGCAAGAAUCAUACCCUAGAGAGCACUUGUCCUGCAACUGGUACACUACAAGGUUUUUAAUUAGGUUUUAAUACUUCUGUACAGAAGUGUUGAAUAAGUUUCCAACGGGGUUAGUAUUUUUUUUUAAUCAGAAUAAAAAUUAGGAGGCUUUUAUGGCCAAAGCUGCGCACACAAGGAGUCCCAUUUUUUAAAUUGAUUGAUCUGAAAUCAAUAAAAGAGUUAUGAUGCUAACUAAUCAUUGCAUUUCAGUUGAAAAAGUAAAUUUUUAAUCCCAUGUCAUAAUUUUUUAAAGAGAUUUCGUGUUAGAAAACCAUAACUAGAAUCAAAAAAACAUUUCUUUUUGAGUAGUUGAAAGAAUUGAAUUGUGUUUUUUUAGAAGAAAAAAUUUCUAGGUCUCUGUGUUUCAACGUUAAUUCUACGACGCAUCCUAAUUUUAUCAUACGCUCAUCAUUAGCCAGUGUACAACUAGUAUAAUUAUUUUUCAUUUAGUUCAUUUAUUAUAAUCAUAACAGUGCAAUCAUAAAGAGGAACAAAUGAGAAUCAUGAACAAAAGUAUUGUUCAAAAGUUGAUAAUGUACAAAAUUACGCAAACACACUUUGCUUCUCUGUGCGACACCAUUUUUAGGUAUCAUUAAGACAAAACUAUUAUGCUGAAAAAAGCAAAUUUAAAAAAAAAACAAAUCAUUAUAGAUAGCGUUAUCGCCUACGAUUGUACGUAUAAGUGAACCACGCGUGAUUCGUUGCAUUUGUACAUGUUUUAGUGACUUUUUUGGGAAUGAAAUGAUAACAAAAUGUCAACUAGCAUAUCAUGAUAAAAGAAAAUCAAAUGUAUUGGAAUGAGAAAAAAAACGAAUUUUUCACCAAUGUACGGGUUAUGAAUAUGAGUUGUAGAUUUUUUUUAAACCAAUCUUGUUAUACUUUUUGUCAAAUACCUCUUCCAUCAUCUUCGAGAAAAUAUGAAAAAAAGGGCCAUGAUUUCUUUAAUAA